AUGCUUUCACCCCCCAGGGCCCCCUGGUGCCCGGUCUCUUCCCGUGGCUCUGAGCCCUCGGCCUCGCAGGUGCGGACGGAGCCGAGGAUGCGGAGGGUGCUGCUCACACUCCUGCUGCUUCUCGCCCGCCCGCCGUCCGCCGCCCCUCGCCCCGCGCUCCCAGACGGCUCCGUCCCGGAGGCGGCCACCGGGAGCGGGGCCGGAGCGCGGGACCCCCCGCUCUGGUCCCCUCUGGAGCUGCCGGCCGUGGGGCAGUGGCGGGCGCGGCGGGAGGAUCCACCGCUCUCCAUCGACCUCACCUUCCACCUCCUGCGGCAUCUCCUGCUGCUCGCCCGCGCCCAGAGCCAGCGCGCCCGCGCCGACAGCAACCGCAUCAUCCUCGACGCCGUGGGACGCUGA